CUUCUCUCUAGCCCCAUCUCUCUCUCUCUCUCUCCUCUUCCCUUCCCUUUCCUUCUCUCUCUUCCCCGUGUUUUGGUAGAAUGACUUUGUGUUUCCAUUGGUCUUUGCGGCACAAUGGAUGGCAGUCUUGACCUUCCCCAAGUACCUCGAUCGGAGCCGGUCUUCCCCCCAACGUCCUUCCAAGAGAUCCCUUCCUCCCCUCCGUCUAUAGCAUCCGAUGCUGGAAUCCGCCGCAAACCGAAGAAACCUCCCCCGGUGACGCCUCGCUCGUUUAGAAGAUUUUUUACGCCUCGUUCGAUGCUCAAUGGCGGAAACAAUUCUGGGAAUGUGAGGACGAGCCGUCAGGCCUUGAAGGCACUGAGUUCACCGGCCGUCAACCGCUUGGGUCCGGCUUUCACGAAGACACUGAAGGCCGUUGGAUCUCGGCCUGACCCGGCAGAACUUCUGCGGACACCGACGAGGAAGAGGAAAUUCUCAUUCUCGUCCAUUGGUUCUCUUCAAUCCUCACCGCUGAGGAAAGUCCGUGCGAGGACUCCGGUGCAGGAUGAUGAAGAGGUGGAAGUCGCCAUUAAGGACUUCGAUGUCCCCGCUGACACCCACGCCGUUGAACCGAAGUCGCUCGCUGUCGCAAAACCGCAACGGCCCGUCCAACUGGUCCGUCGUUCCAAGGCAUUGCAGACCUCGGGCGGACUGUACAUGAGAAGUGUGCACGGAUCCCAGGCGAACCGAGUGACUCUACGAUCCAAUUCCGGAGCCGGCUGGCAGGAUUUAACUUCAAAUUUCUACUCCCAACCGUCCGAUAGCUAUGCCUGUGCCAGUUCCACGGGGGACCGCCUUGCCCUGCCGUUUUGCACUGCGUCCUGCAAUACCAAUAGUCUUGUCGCGAUAGGCGAUGAAGAAGGAGGGAUUCGACUUGUGGACUCCGCCAAGGACGACAAAACCGGAUUCUCCAAAGCCUAUCUCUCUUUCCGGCCCCAUAUGAAUGCGAUAAUGGAUCUGGAGUUCUCAUCUGAUGAUAUGCUUUUGGCAACGGCUUCGGGAGACCAGACAGCUCUGGUCAUUGACAUGGCCACUCAAACCCCGAUUUAUUGCUUAUCGAAUCAUACGUCUUCGGUAAAGCGAGUGCAGUUCCAGCCAGCCGCCAACAACAAGGUUCUCGCGACCUGUAGCCGUGAUGGCAAUGUUAACAUUUGGGAUCUCCGUUGCAAAGGGUUUGAAAGACCGUCUUUGCAGGUUCGAUGUUCCCUCGAAUCGGAGGCUGAUUACCCGGCUGCCCCAUCUACAUCAAAAAUGACCUACCCCCAGGUCUUGAACACCAUUCAUGGGGCGCAUGCGUGGAUGCCGCAGGCAUCCGUGUCGGAUAAAGCAGAGCCUCAGAUUGGCCGCUCAGACAUUACCGUGACCUCCUUGGCUUUCCUGCACCCCGGCCGCGAGAACCUUUUUGUCACGGCGUCGGAAGCCAAUGCCUGUGUCAGAUUAUGGGAUCUCAGAUCGGCACAUCACAACCGUCGUGGCCGUCCCGUCCUCCCGCUUUCUACUACGCGGGAGCCGGACAGCCACAUCAAGUAUCGACGAUUUGGACUUACCUCAAUGACACUCGGUGGGGAUGGCUCACGGCUCUACACGUUAUGUCGAGACGGAACCGUCUACGCUUACUCCACGUCACACCUCAUCCUCGGACAUGCCCCAGAGCUUUCAUUGAACAACAGCCGACCCCGGCGCUCAGGAGGCUCUGACAAAGAAGGCCUUGGCCCCUUAUACGGGUUCCGCCACCCACGACUGCAGGUCGCAUCAUUCUAUGUAAAGACCGCGGUCCGCAAAGCCUCUGGAGACAAGCCCGAGAUGCUUGCUGUCGGAAGCAGUGACCACUGCCCCGUACUAUUCCCCACCGAUGAGAGGUUCCACCAUUCGUCACCCCAGAAGCCGCCCACCACGGACGGAGAGGACCCGCUUCCCCAAAUGCCGUUUCCCUCCACCCGCUCUGGCCUCCGCCGUACAAACUCAGGCGUUGGCUUGUCCGGACGGCUGGAAGACACCGUCCCAAUCUACCAAUCCGGGACUCCCUUAGUCGAAGGCCACAAAAAAGAAGUCUCAGCCGUAUCGUGGACCGCCGACGGCGAACUAGUCACCGUCAGCGACGACUACAGCGCCCGAUGCUGGCGCGAGGGGCCCGAGGCGCGAGACCUACGCACAGGCGGAGAAGCAGACGGACGGAGAUGGAAGUGCGGGUGGGCCGAUACCAAAGACUCAUACGAUGAUGACGAGGAAUAAGUCGCUAGGAGACUUCUUCCUCACAUCGAUGCUUGUCUGAUCGAUUCUUAUUACUGUUUAUUUUUUUUCUUGCAUGGAAGGCAUUGUGGGCGCCACGGCACGGAUAUUACUUUUUGAAUUAGCGGGCGUUUUUCAUUAUGGGCCCGUUAGGGCUGCGGUUUUUUUCUACUUUUUAACUGCUUGACUUUGAUACCUACCAGGCAUACCAUAUCAUAUACAUAGGUUGCAUAGCGCGAGAAAUAAUCGGUGCCGGGGUGGCAUGUUUCAUUUUG